UGUGUUUACUAUUUAUCAUUUUGUUACCUACCGUUAAUUUUAUACCGUUAUUUUUCCAUUUAUUUGCGGGUAACCAAACGAAUGACGUAUGUUUUUUAAUAUAUUAAAAAAAACCGUAGUCGGGUUUAAAAAUUUUUGUGCCUUGUAAAUCUUACAAAGAAAUGGCCCAGACCCGUGAAAAAUGCUCUUCAUCAUCCAAAAUAUGGUUGAUUACUUUUGGAUUAAUUUGUGGAGCUACUUUUCUGACGCGAUUUUAUAAAGUGUUAGAGCCAGAUCAUGUAUGUUGGGAUGAAACACAUUUUGGUAAAAUGGCAAGCAGUUACAUUAACAGAACCUUCUUUUUUGAUGUUCAUCCACCCCUCGGAAAGAUGCUCAUAGCUUUGUCUGGUAAAUUGACAGGCUAUGACGGUACAUUUCAUUUCGAAAAACCAGGUAGUAAGUUCGAUGGUGCUAGAUAUGAAGGGAUGCGAAUUUUUUGCACAACCUUGGGAGCCUUGAUAAUACCUCUAACAUUCCUGACAAUAUGGGAAAUGACUAAGAAUCUGGACUCAACUGUAAUUGGUACCUUACUUUUACUAUGUGAUAUAGGCUUCUUAACACUUAAUAGAUACAUUUUAUUGGAUCCAAUACUGUUGUUCUUCAUGAGCUGUACUAUAUAUGGAGUGUUUAAGGUCCGGUCUCUAACCGACGAAGGCCUGCCGCCUUUCUCGUCCCGAAUGUUAGCGUGGCAGCUUUAUCUGGGCGCGUCGCUCGCUUGUACCAUAUCAGUGAAGUUCGUCGGCUUAUUCGUAGUAUUGUUUGCUGGUCUGCGAACUAUCGCCGAUUUGUGGAACGUGCUCGGUGACUUGACGAAGCCUGUCAGCUUAACUGUAAAACACUUGAUUGGUAGGACCAUAACAUUGAUCCUUUGGCCGAUACUGCUCUACGUGUUUUUCUUCUGGAUUCAUCUCACUGUACUUAGCAAAAGCGGUAAUGGCGAUGGGUUCUACUCGUCGGGUUUCCAAGCGCGCCUGGAGGGCAACAGUUUGAACAAUGCCAGCGCGCCGCGGGUGUUGGCAUUUGAAGCGGCUGUCACACUUAAGAACCACCGCACAGGGGGUGGCUAUCUGCAUUCGCACCACCAUCUCUACCCUGCUGGGGCCGGGGCGAAACAGCAACAGAUAACGACAUACACGCACAAAGACGAGAACAAUAAAUGGAUCGUCAAGCCUUACGACCGUGAGCAAGUAGACGGUGUUGUGCUGGUACGGAGCGGGGACUUGGUGCGUUUGACGCAUGCUGCGACAGGGCGAAACCUGCACUCGCACCGCGAAAGGGCUCCCAUGACCAGCAAGUUCAUGCAGGUCACUGGAUACGGCGAGGAUGGUGUUGGAGAUGCUAACGAUGUUUGGAAGAUAAUAGUGUCGGGCGGCAAAGAUGGCGAUGAGAUACAAACUGUGCGGAGCAAACUUGUAUUUAUACAUUAUUUGCAGGCGUGUGCAUUAACGACGACGGGUAAGCAGCUGCCCAAGUGGGGCUUCGAACAGCAAGAGGUCGCGUGCAAUCCGAAUCUGCGGGACAACAAUGCGCUUUGGAACGUCGAGGACAAUAUUUUCGAUCAGCUGCCAAAGAUGAGUUUCGAGGUGUACGCAUCAAGCUUUCUAGAGCGGUUCAUAGAGUCCCACGCGGUGAUGCUGCAUGGAAACGCUGGUCUGAAACCGAAAGAGGGAGAGGUGACUUCGCAACCCUGGCAAUGGCCCAUCAAUUACAGGGGACAAUUUUUCUCAGCAAAUUCUCACAGAAUCUAUUUAUUGGGUAAUCCGGUAGUAUGGUGGGGAAAUCUGGCAUUCCUCGCAGUUUUCUUCCUGCUCUUCCUCGUUAACUGUAUAAGGGAAAAGCGCGCGCAAGCUUUCGGAAAAACUGUGGAAGGGGGUGAAAAUGCAACUCUACUGAACGCAGCUGGGUGGAAUUUUGUGGGGUGGGCACUCCACUACGUACCGUUCUGGGCGAUGGGCCGUGUGCUCUACUUCCAUCACUACUUCCCAGCGCUCGUCUUUAGCUCUAUGCUUACAGGUAUCAUCACAGUUUACCUACUGCAGAGCAUCAAGAGCUUUCUGAGCCCGGAAUUAGGACGGACAGUGUAUCAAAGCGCGAUAGGUCUCGUGAUAACGACCACAGUGUACAGUUUCUAUCUCUUUUCGCCACUCGCGUACGGAAUGAGCGGACCCAUGUCUAACGAACCUAACUCCACUGUCACGGGCUUAAAAUGGCUGGACACGUGGGAAUUUUGAUAUUAAUUUGAAUUUUAUUUAUUUAAGCCAAGUAUUAUUUGGGAAUACAGCCUGAGCCCUUCCCAUAAUUAGAGAAGACCUGUAGCCCUAGUACAAGACUAGCUCGCUUGAAUUCGAGGAAUCGUUUUAGAGUAUGGAAAAACUUAAACAACGGAGUAAAAUGUAUCUUAUUCGCUUUGUGUUAAAGCUGAAAUUUUUGUACAAUUCUUUUCUUUCUCUUUCUCGGGCUUUUAACAGAACAAAAAUCAGAAAUACAGAAUUUGCGAGUAUAUAACGAGUGUUAUUAGGUUCAUUUUACUUUGGCAUUAAAGCGUUAAAUAUUCGAUAACGAAUCCUCGAUUGCGAACGAGCAAAUCUUGUACUUAAGCUAGAGUGCCCUAUAGUAGGCCGCUAAUGGAUUGCCAAUGAUACAUUUGUCAUUUCCAGCCCUUGAAACAUGACCUGCCCUAUUCCAUUUUCGAGUAUAAGCUAUCUUUGUCAAACUUGGAAAUACGAAGCCGUAAAUGCCCGGUUACUAAAAAAAAAUUGAGUGGAGAUUACUGGGAGACGAAUCUCUCUGUCCCAAUCAGCUUUAGUGGAAAGGAGGCCUAAUUAUUAUGAGCAUAAGUACUUCAAAUUUCAAGAUUGACGAUUGGCGACUAUAUUAUGUAAACUGUAUAGUUAAAAUGCCAAGAAAACGAUUAAAGGUUUGAUGCGUUUAAAUUUUAGCAAAUAUUUUAUACUAAAAAUAUUAUCCGUCCCGUAUUGAGUAAUUUUAUAUACAAAAUAUAAAUUUAAGAAAUAAGUAGGUAUAGUAAAUACAGUUAUUUUUGGUAAAUGUUUAUACCCAUGUUUGUAAUUUAAAAAAUAUAUU